GGAAGAAAUGAAGUCUCUCCAGGAGGCCUUUCAAAAGCAACUUAAUGAGGCAGCUGAGAAAGCAGAGAAGCAGCAGGCUACAAUUAAUUUUUUAAAGACUGAAAUGGAAAGAAAAAGUAAAAUGAUCCGAGAUCUCCAAAAUGAGAAUAAAAGCUUGAAAAACAAGCUGCUGUCAGGAAACAAGUUAUGUGGAAUCCAUGCUGAAGAGUCCAAAAAGAUCCAAGCCCAAUUGAAGGAACUACGUUAUGGGAAAAAGGACUUGAUUUUCAAGGCACAACAGCUCACAGAUUUGGAACAAAAAUUAGCAGUUGCUAAAGAUGAGUUGGAGAAAGCAGCUCUUGACAAGGAGUCCCAGUUGAAAGCUCUGAAGGAGACUGUCCAACUCUGUCUGACUUCGGUUCUACGCAAUCAACCUCCAGCUAUGAGCCUAAUCCCCUCCAAAGUAAUGGAGAGGAAGCUGCCAUCACCCAGUACAAAUGACUCAAAAGUCCCAGCUGCUGUGACAAGUAAAAAGGUUCAACCAACUGCCCUGGAGGAUAAAAGGAUCCUUCAAGUUGAGUUGUCAGAAGAAGAAAAGCCAAGUAACAAGUGUGAUUCUCCAGAUGGAGGCAAGAUCUGUGCACCGAAUCACAACUCUACUAACAUGAACAACAAGACCACAGAACUGGAUCCCGUCUUGCAGAAGCUGUAUACUUCUCCUCAGACUAAGCUGGAGGCCCCAAAAUCAGACGAGAAAAACCAGAAGACUUCAAAAGGCAUCAUAAAUACAGAAGAAAAGACACUGUAG